CAGGGUCGAAUCUCCGGGCCGGUAUAUGAAUAGCGAUACUCCCUUCGCUGACUGCAGUUUCCCGCAGUCGAUACAGGCGCCUCAACGUUCAAAUACAACACCUGUCAAUGGUGGUAAUAGUCCAAGUUUGUUUAAAUCCCCGAAAGUUCACGAAUGGAAAUAUUUCGUAGACGAUUUUAUAAGAGCGAUUUUAAAAUUUAAUUCAUAUCGCUGUCAUCCAACAUUAACAAAACGACAUUUGGCUGGAAUACUUCCUACUGGGCUGAAGUGAUUGGAUUGAAUUUAGGAUAUAUUUCAUGUUGAACAGAGUAAUGACAGCCACCAUGUACUCUCGCCGUCUUUUUAAACUGAGAUUAUCUCGUCAGCUGAAACAAUCGCGGGAGAGCAUGACAGCCUCCGCCCUGUACUCGGAUGUCCUUAUUGAACCUUCCACCCUUCCUGUACUCAAACCAGCGGAGCCAAAACCAUUCAGCGACCUCCCUGGUCCCAAGUCAUAUCCUUUUCUUGGAGGCAUUCAUAAUUAUUUUCCUGGAGGUCGAUUCUACAAGAAGCAAUUUAUGGAAAUGCAUGAAGAAUGCACGAAAGAAUAUGGUAAUAUUUACCGGGAAACUGUUCUUCCGGGAAUGGAGAUGGUACAUUUAAGUGAUCCAAAGGACAUUGAAGAGGUAUUCCGAAGUGAUGCCAAACAUCCUUUACGCCAAGCUUUCUUCAUGCUUGCACAUUACAACAAGAAGUACAAUAAGAAAGUUCAAGGACUCCUUACAAGUCACGGAGAAGAUUGGCAUGGGAUAAGAAAGAACGUUCAGCAGAAGAUGCUCAGACCCAGGGCUGUGGCUUCCUACCUUCCUGAGCAAUCUAUAGUCGCAGACGAACUUUGGGAUCACGUAAUAUCAUUACGUAACCAAGAAAAAGAGGUUGAGGAUUUGCGACCGGAACUCGACAAAUACGCAGCAGAAUGUGUUGGCGUUGUGUGUUUUAGUAAGCGCCUUGGCGCCUUCAAAGACCUUUCUCCAGAAAGUGACGCUCGGAGAUUCAUUGAGGCCGUUAGCAUUGUUAUGGAUAUCAGUCAAAAAGAAUUUAAAAAGCUUCCAUGGUAUCGGCUGUUCAAAACACCGGAGUUCAACAAGCUGAUAGAGGCACAGAGUUAUAUACGAGGUAUCGCUGUAAAGUAUUCCAAAGAGGCGUUAGAGAAACUCGGUGACAACGCUUCAUUUGAUGGGGAACAUGGCGACUUAAUUCCCUAUCUGCUGUCCAAAACGUCCCUCAGUGAGAGGGAAGUGCUUACCGUCAUCUGUGAAUUCAUAUUUGCGGGGGUAGAUACUACCAGUCACCAUUUGUCCUUCGUCAUGUAUCUACUGGGGCGACACCCAGAGAUUCAGGAGAAAUUGUACCAGGAAAUUAAAAGUACUCUUGGAAAUGAUGGAGAAAUAACAGAUUCGCAAAUCGGAAAAAUGUCCUACCUUAAAGCCGUUACCAGGGAAACGCACAGGAUUUUACCGGUUGCUCCAGGAAAUAUCAGGACCUCAUCGAAAGACAUGGUUUUGUCUGGAUACAAAAUCCCAGCCGGGGUACAACUUGCAAUGCACCACGACUGGAUUUGCAUGCAAGAUGAGCAUUUUGAGGAUGCUCAGCAGUUCAUACCUGAAAGGUGGCUGAGAUCUAACAAGGCCAAGAAUAACGCACAUCCUUUCGCUUCUGUUCCAUUCGGAUUUGGACCUCGUGCAUGUAUUGGUAGGAGAUUCGCAGAGCAGGAAAGUCACGUUGCACUCAUCAAGCUAUUGAGAAAUUACCGUGUAGAGUACACCGGAGAGGAACUACAGAAAGACUGCAGCAUUACGUACACACCAAUUAACAAAAUGACCUUCCGGUUCCACGAGCGAUGAUCCGCUAACAUCAACGACAAAACAGCGAUACAGAUGUCAAUUGUGACUGGACAGAAAGGGCGACAACCCCAGACACCCAACAGCUGGUCAUAGCCCCAAGUACUCAAUAGAUGGUCACAGCCCCAGACACCCAAUAUCUGGUCCAAGCCGAGAAACAUGGUACAUCAUGGACAAUGGUUUUCAAUACAGCAAAAUACGGUUUUGACAACAGAACAAUUAACAUUUACAUUUGUAACGUAAUGUGUGUAUAGGUCUGUAUAUGUUAUAAUAAAUACAAGUAUAUAGAA